GCCACCACUUCGGGAGAUUUUUUUUUGCCGGCCGAAAUCCACCGCUUUACAGAGCUAGUGCAGGGCGACCUCCCACUACAAGUAUGAAUUGCGUUCAUGAACUUAAGUUUUCGUGGCGCGUAUUGCGGCUGCGUCGCCGACAACCACUAUCCACAGCAGUGAUGGCUACCGCAAGGGAUCGCUGCCGAAUGCUUUCGGCGAUUUCAGAUUGUCCAUUUUCUUUACAACCUUGUCGAAAACUCACGACCACUGCUGCGAAAGUUGUCACUGAGAGCAAACGCGAGAGAAAAAAUUAUCUCCCUGCAGGACCAGAGGACUCAACAAUUAAGUUUGCUAUGUCGCUGCCUAGCGGAACGAUGAAUAACGAUAUAGCUGGGUUUUGUCGAAAAGCAAUCAAUAUUCUUACUAAGAGAGGUACACAACAAUGCAUGAUUAUCGCAGAACAGAUUUUGGUAAAGUUAAUCGAGGAAAGGAAAGAAGUCAAAGUCACGUUGUUCAAUCGUGUAAUCCGCGGUUGGGCUAGAACCAACACAGACGAUGCACUUUUCAAAGCAAGGUCUCUACUUGAGCGAAUGUGGGAGCUGCAAGAAACGCAGCCAAAUUUGUACCCCCCACCGAAUAACGGCACCUACAGCAGCGUGCUGUAUGUUUGUGGUCUGAGCUCUCACCCCGAUACUCGAACAGUAGCACAACGACUCGUGCAAGAGCUGGAGGAAAGACUACAGCCUUCUUUUCCUAGUUCCGCUAUAUAUAGUCAACUCAUUCGAGUGCACUCGAAUCAAGCCAGCACACAGUAUGGGGCUGCCAUGGCGGCAGAAGAUACGCUUAUCCACCUUUCAAGUCUGUCCACCAAAGGCCGACCGCAUCCGACGACAACGUCAUUUAACCGAGUUCUCAAGGCCUGGAGCACGAGUCAAGAGGGAAGAGGAGCCGAACGGGCUCUUGAAAUUUUGGAAAUGAUGAUCCAGCUGGAAGCUAAUCAUGGCGUAGCGCACCCGGACAAAUACAGCUUUGGCACUGUGGCAGCAGCCUUUGCACGACGAGGGCAACCCCAGAGAGCGGAAGCAAUUUUUAGAAAAGCCGUCGCACACUUUCGAGCAAAAAACAUCUCUCGUGCUGAAGAUCGCGUAGAUUUAACUUCUUGCCUCAACGCCGCACUAUCGGCGUGGGCAAAAAGUGGUUGUGACGAGGCAGCAACAAUAGCGGAAACGCUACUUCGCGACGGAUACUCUUUGACUGAUAUGAGCAACACCGCCCAGGCAGCGAUCGCGUCGGGAGACUCAUUUUCGGUUGUUAUUCGACCGGACUUAGCAACACACAUGUCCUACAUGGAAGCUCAAGUCCGUUGUGGAAGAAUGCUACAAGCGCAUGCUCAUGUUGUCGCUAUGGUCGAAGCAGCUAUUGGCCAAGCUGGGCCGCCUCCAACAACAGACACAUUCAAUUUUGUUAUUCAUGGCUGGCUCCGCCUGUCUCAAGGGAGCGGGGGGAAAUAUGUCUUAUCCCUUUUGAAUUCGAUGAUAAAUCUCUCGGAGCAACACGGAUUUCCAUGUGCUCCAAAUUCGGGCACCUUCAACAUGUGCAUUGGCUUGCUUUGUAAGGAAAACUCGCUCAAAGAGGCUUUCGACGUCUUGAUAGAUGGUGAGAACCGGCUUACUGUAGACAUGUUUCCAUACCAGGUUCUCAUCAAUGCUUUGGUAAAAACGAAAAAGUACGAAGACACUGUGACCGCUUCUACCUUAUUACAUCGUAUUGAGGCGGGGGUUAAGAAAGGAACUUUUCAAUGGGAUCCGAAAUCUGUUGGGUUGUACACCGCUGUAAUUUCAGCAAUGGCGAACUUCAGAUCCAAGGAGUCCGCUGAUUUAGCAUUGCAGACACUUGGACACCAGAAGAAUUUGGGUGUUCAACCGACAAGUCGAGCGUAUACUGCUGUUAUUUUUGCUUUCGCUUCCCUUCGGAACGUAAAAUCUGGCAGGGUUGCCUUCGAUUUGUUUCGAGAAAUGCAAGUUUUAGACUCCGAUCCCUCAAACAAGCUGAAGCUCGAUAGACUUGUCUUUGCAGCAAUACUGACGUCUCUCAGAAAUGCGAGAACCAAGGAGUCUGCGGAAAAUGCUUGCGUGGUAUUGUCCUACAUGUUAGAUUUGCACAUUCAUGGUCGUCCCGAUAUAGAGCCGGAUGAAAGGUGCUACGAUGCCUGUCUCAAUGCCCUUCUCAAUAGUCGUGAUGCACAUUGCGUUGAGCGAGCUGCUCGUCUUAUUAAGACAAUUGUUACGAGACACCACGACGGUGCCCUGUCGCAUCUGCCAUCAGCUGCAAUAAUCAAAAGUGUGUCAAAAGCUUGUUCGCGCUUGCAGACAGCUACAAUGCAUGGGUUUGCCUCAGAAUUGUCUGCCUUGAUAAAACAGAAAGAGUAA